AAUUCAGUUGGUAUAAAACGUACGAGUCGUGAGCAGGCAGAGCCAGAACGCGAUUGAAAUCCGUUAGAGCUACAGAAAAUAUAUAAAAUAUAAGUACACAAACAGGAACAAAUAUCAUACUUGUUGCCGUUGCACAUCUCUCACGCCCAUAGGCUUUACUCAUUUCCAUUCCACACAAAAUGGCCACUGUCGAUAUCAGCGAGGAGGCCUUCCACCUCCGCUUAGGUUACCUCAAGCCGGAAACUGUCGAAAUUGCCCGCACGGAACUCCGCGAAACGGAGGAGGUGAAGGCUGAGGCCAUCCUCAAGCUGCGUGAACUGCUCAAAGCGACACCAGAGAUCAACUACAAGGACGACGAUGCGUUCCUCACCGUUUUCCUGCGCGCCGCCCACUUCUAUCCGGAGAGCGCAUUGGAAAAGAUGAAAAGCACCGCCAACUUCCGCAAGGAAUACGCCAGCUUGGUGCACGGCCUUCAGGUGGAGCAGGUGAAGGAGCGCUUCAUCAAGGGCAGCGUCAUCAAUGUGGUGAAGAACUGCGAUCAGAAGGGACGACGCAUGCUCAUCGUCAACUGUGGCAAAUUGUGGGAUCCCGCUGUUGUGCCCAGCGAUGAGAUGUUCCGCAUGCUGUACAUGGUUCACAUUGCCGCCCAGCUGGAGGAGGAGACUCAAGUGCGUGGCGUUGUCUGCAUAAUGGACUUCGAUGGCUUGGCCAUGAAACAGGUGAAGGCUCUGUCGCCUGCAUUCUCCAAGCGUCUGCUCACCUUCAUCCAGGAGGCAAUGCCGCUGCGCAUGAAGGAGGUCCACUUUGUCAAGCAGCCCUUCAUCUUCAACAUGGUCUGGACGCUCUUCAAGCCCUUCGUCAAGGAGAAGCUGAACAAGCGCAUGCACUUCCAUGGCAGCGAUAUGAAAUCCCUGCACAAGUUCAUCGAUCCCUCGGUGCUGCCUGCCAACUACAAGGGCACAUUGCCUGCCAUCGAUUACGGCGGUGCUGAGUGGUUCCCUGCUCUCGAACAACAAUCCGAGUAUGUGAACACCUGGAGUGAAUUGGGCCCGGCCAAGUGGUAGAGACGUUAACCAAGGGCAGCCAGCCCAACAUAAAUUAAUGUACGCUUAUGUUACGUUUGCCUAAGUUUAAAUACAUUCUUGAUUAGUUUUUAGCACUUGACAAUAAACUAGUUACAUAAUACAUAAACCAUAAA